AUGGCCAAUGUAACCAAAGACCCCCUUUACAAUGCAGUUAGAAAAGAUGAUGGGAAAAGACAGACUGUUAGGGCUCAGGAACUUGUGUGUCGAGCCAGGGUUGAAAUGCCAGAGGGUGGAGCUGGGAUCCCGGAACUUGAAAAAUUUCAGGGGUUUUUGAGAGACUACAAAAUUGUCGUGUACAACUAUGACAGGAAAGGACGUGAUGUCUACUUUGAGGGAAAUUGUAUUGAGGCUAAAUUUUGUAUGGCUUGUAAAAAUCGUACGCGAGUGUUUAGUUCUGAACCAAUCACUCAGUUCAUGGACUAUGUGAUGCAAGUCCGUAAAAAUUUUAAAGAUGUCUGUGUCAUCGCACACAAUGGGCAGGGCUUUGAUUUCCAGUUUUUGCUCAAGUAUGUGCUGGAGGAUACGAAGUUCACUCCGAAACUUGUAAUGCGGGGAACUAAGGUAAUUUUGAUGGAGAUUGACAAUGUGAGGUUUGUUGAUUCACUUAGUUAUUUCCCUAUGCCUCUUGCUGCACUACCUAAAGCCUUUGACCUUCCCCCGGAAAAGAAGAAAGGCUAUUUUCCCCACCUCUUCAACACCCUUAAGAAUCAAAAUUAUGUGGGUCCUAUGCCGGCAAAGGAGUUUUACUGCCCAGAAUCUAUGUUUGAAAAAUCACACAAAGAUUUUGAAAGAUGGUAUAAUGAUCAGGUUGGAAACCACGUUACAUUUGACUUUAAGAAAGAAAUCCUAGAGUAUUGUAUGUCAGACGUUGAUAUCUUGGCUCAAGCUUGUUUAAAGUUCCGUUCAAUCUUCCUGCAAGAGUGUAAUGUGGACCCGUUUCUCGAGGCUGUAACCAUUGCCAGUGCUUGUAACUUGGCCUUCCGUGGGAAAUUUUUGAAGAAAAAUACCAUCGGCAUCGUUCCUAAAAAUGGCUAUAGGCUUACAGACGCCCAAUCGGCAAUCGCGUUACAGUGGCUAACGUGGGAAGAGGAGAAACGUGGAGUUAGAAUAGAACACGCCGGCCGUGGAAAAGAAGUUAAGAUUAGUGGAAUGAAAGUUGAUGGUUUUGACGGUCAAAAUAUUUAUGAAUUUCAAGGCUGCUACUGGCAUGGCUGCCCUAAAUGCUUUCCCUAUGAUCGUGAACUUGCUUUGAAAGAGGAUCCCUCUGACUCACUCCAUUUGCGGUAUGAACGGACCAAAUCGAAAAUAGCAAAGUUGGGUGAUAACGUUGUACAAAUGUGGGAAUGUGAGUUUAGAAAGUUAAAAAAGACAGAAAACCUGAAACACCUAGAAAAGUUGCCGAUCCUCAACAAUUUACCUCUGAAUCCGAGGCAAGCAUUUUUUGGGGGCCGAACCGGGAAUGCCAAAACCUAUCACAAAUGCGCCGAAGGGGAAACCAUUGAGUAUGUGGAUGUAUGCUCUCUCUAUCCCUGGGUAUGUAAAUAUGGCAAGUACCCUGUAGGCCAUCCAACGAUCUAUGUAGGAGACAAAGAGUGUAGACAGAGAGGUCUCAAUGUUGAGGGUCUAUUAAAGUGUAAAGUACUUCCACCUCGUGAGCUCUAUCACCCCGUUCUCCCAGCCAAAAUGAAUGACAAGUUAAUGUUUGUUUUGUGUGCGACUUGUGGAGAUGGUAAGAUUCAAACUGAUUGCGACCACGAAAGUGGUGACAGAGCACUUAUUGGGACCUGGACCAUGGACGAAGUUCGUAAAGCUGUAGAAAAGGGUUAUGUUGUGCUUGACAUGUAUGAACUUUGGGAGUAUAAGGUAGCCACAUAUGAAAACGGGGGAUUGUUCACUGACUUUAUAAAUAAAUUUUUAAAAAUGAAACAGGAAGCAACUGGGUUCCCUAGUUGGUGUGAAACCGAGGAAGAUAAGGAUCAGUACGUUGACGAUUAUUUAAAAAAAGAGGGUGUCAAACUGGAAAAAGACCAAAUUAUCAAGAAUGGUGGAUUGAGGUCGUUAGCUAAACUGAUGUUGAACUCUUUUUGGGGAAAAUUUGGACAGCGUGAAAAUCAGACCAAAGCUACAAUCGUCAGGGACCCUAAAACACUUUUCAAAAUGUUAACUAGCCCUGAAAUAGAUGUAAAUAGAGUACAGAUUGUCAAUGAUAAGGUUCUUGUUGUCAGCUGGGAGUAUAUUGAGGAGGUUGGGGAGCCAUUGCAAAAUGUAAAUGUUGUGUUGGCAGCUUACACCACAGCCCAAGCGAGAUUGAAGCUCUAUGAGCAUCUAGAUGCCCUGGGUGGUCAGAUUGAGAUGUUCCUGUUUACAAUCCAUAAUCCCAUCCUUGAGAAGGUGGUAAGAGACGUUUUGGGGAACGGAGACGGCAACUAG